UCCAGUCUAGCCUGAUUGGUCUAAGCUUGUUUUUUCACACAAGACAGAAAGGUGCGUCGAAGUCUCAUCGCAGCAACUUCGUCAAGAUUUUCCAGAGGAAUUUCUUCGAGAAUUAGCCUUCAACAGUGAAAGAUCUUUCUGGUAAGAAUUUCAGCAGCUGUCUGUGAAGGAUGCUUAAUUUACCGUCGAAACGCGUCGCGUCUUCGCUAUGGAAGAUUGCAAAGCCUACCAGUUUCGUACGAGCAUGUACUGCCGCCCCGCCGCCCGCGUUCCCGGACCCGCUACCCGAACCCGUGCCACAAGGUGUCCCUAUUAAAAUGACAUCAUCUGAAGCCUUUGUGGAAACUCUCGUCGCCCAGGGAGUUACAGAUGUUUUUGGUAUUGUCGGAUCCGCUUUCAUGGACGCGUUGGAUUUGUUCCCGGAAGCGGGAAUACGGUUCCUAUCGGUGCAGCAUGAACAGAACGCGGCACAUAUGGCAGACGGAUACGCAAGGGCGAGCGGAAAACAUGGAGUGUGCACGGCUCAGAACGGACCAGGAAUAACAAACUUUGUAACAGCCAUUGCUGCUGCUUACUGGGCACAUAGCCCGGUUGUCUGCAUCACCCCGGAAGCUGGCACUGCCACAAAAGGUCUAGGCGGAUUCCAAGAAGCCGACCAACUUCCGAUCUUCAGCUCGAUCACAAAGUAUCAGGGUCACGUGAACAAUCCGAAUCGAAUGAGUGAAAUCACCGCACGUGCAUUCGAUAUUGCGAUGAACGAGCGCGGACCAACACAGCUGAAUAUUCCGCGCGAUUAUUUCUAUCACGAGGCAGACUAUGUUAUUCCUAAACCUGUCCGUGUUGAAAAAUCUGCCGGCGGACCGAAUUCACUGGCUGCCGCCGCUGAGUUGAUACGCGAAGCGAAGAAUCCGGUCAUCCUCGCUGGCGGUGGUGUUGUCAUGGGUGAUGCAGUGAAUGAGGUGUCAUUGCUGGCGGAUUAUUUGUCAGCGCCAGUUUGCACAACGUAUCUACAUAAUGACGCGUUCCCUGCAAAUCAUGGGUUAUGGUGCGGUCCGCUCGGUUAUCUUGGGCACCAGACCGCAAUGAAGACAAUCAACGAGGCUGAUGUCGUUAUUGCUCUUGGAACGAGGCUCAGUCCCUUUGGAACUCUCCCGCAAUACGGUUUUGACUAUUGGCCUAAAAACGCGAAAAUUAUCCAGGUUGAAGUGGACCCGAGAAGAAUCGGCCUGGUCAAGUCAGUAGAUGUUGGAAUAAACGGGGACUGCAAACUGGCUACAAAAGAUCUUCUGUCUCGUUUACGUACAAUGCAUGACGUCACCGCUCGAUCAAAUGCGCAGGAGAGGCUGACGAAGUUAGCUCAGGUGCGGGAGGAAUGGGAACUAAAGUUGGAUGACAUGACAGAGAGUGUGGAACGCGCCAGAGAAGGAAAGAUAUUGCCAAGACAGGCGCUGAGGGAACUGGAACGAGCAAUGCCUAGCAACGCAAUGGUUUCAACGGACAUUGGAAAUGUUUGCUCUGUGUCUAAUGGCUACUUGAGAUUCAACAGCUCACCCUCUUUCUUCGCUGCAAUGACCUUUGGUAACUGCGGAUACUCCUUCCCAUCGGCUAUGGGGGCAAAAAUCGCUCGACCUGACAGACCAGCUAUUGCUUACGUUGGAGAGGGAGCAUGGGGUAUGAGUUUAAAUGAGGUGCUCACUUGCAUUAGAGAGAAGAUCCCAACAACUGCCAUCGUUUUCAAUAAUGGACAAUGGGGAGCUGAGAAGAAAAACCAGGUCUUAUGGUUUGGUGAUCGUUACAUCGGGGUUCAGCUGUACAAUCCCUGGAGCUAUGCCGACAUCGCACGAAGCAUGAAAGCUGAAGGAAUCACGUGCACACAUCGUGAUCAGAUCGGUGAUGCUUUGCGGCAAGCAGUUCGAAACCAGGAGGAAGGCAAGACAACUAUUGUUGAGUUAAUGUUUACAAGAGAGCUUGGUGAUCCUUUUAGGCGUGACGCAAUGAAAUUACCCAUCAGGCAUUUGGAUAAAUACAAACGCACUAUCCAGACAAUGGAAUCAUCAACCGGGCAGCCUGUGGACAUGUGAGCAGGGCGUGGAAUCCUACUCGUAAAUUAAGGUUUUUUAUUCCACCUCUAAAGAUUGAAGGGGGCUUAUAACUGUGAGGGGGGUUUGUCAAUAAUUUGCUGGUAGAUAGAAGAUUUUGAAGGUUAAAACCUAGAGUAUAGUAAUUUUUUAUGUUUACAUAUUAGCAGGUAGGAACUUCU